AUGAAGGUGAUGAACACAGAAGGAGUACAAUCAAUAGAGCUGCAGUCCUGUGAAGUGCAAGACGAGUGCUAUGUGCGUAACGACACACACAACGUGAUGCCCUCCGAGCAUUAUGGGGAAUCUGGAGCACUGCAUCGAUGGAAGAAGGAGAAGAAUACAACGACAUCACUGUUCCAUCAAAGACUCUCGUUGCAACAGGUGCUGCGUGUCCUUGUGGUGUUAUGGCUACUACUGCCCAUACCAAACCCAUUUCUCUGCUAUGCCACAGUUACUAUUACACAUCGUAUUUUGGAAACCAUUACCGAUUGCUUUCCUAAUAUUGUGGUCUCCCCCAGUCAAACAACACAAUACUGCGAUGUGUACAAUAUCGAUACUCGGAACCCCCCCUUGUUUGUGAAGCUUGGGUAUUACCACAAUGGUGGACUCAAUCCUGGAUGGACAGCUUAUUUUCUGAGGGGAACAAAUCUCAUUAGAUUUGUGCCCAACAGUGAAGCUGCUUCAGGGGAUAUGGGUCUUGUCAUUCUGGACAAUACUCCGGGAAAGCGUUCUGAUGUACUUUCGGAAAUAUUCCCCUUAAAGUUUAUGAAUAUCAAAGAAACAAAGGCAUGGUUUUCUUCUACCAGUGCCUAUUAUGGGUUGAAGACAAUGAUGCAGACAAAUUUCCCAAAUUCCAGUGAUAUUCAGAACUACCUGCUGGUUCCUCCUCUGUCAGACUGUUAUACCAUCGCAAAAAAAUGUACUGUUGCUACUGGAUGUCACAAAUUGACGACUUCUGCAUCCUUUCCUAUUCCUGGGAACUAUUCAGUAUGCUUAACCGCGAGUGGAUGGCGAGACCACUACUUGCCGUGGGGUGCAAUUCCCCUCGAAGUGAGAGUGCUGGUGCCAAACGAGCUGUAUAUGAACACUCGCGGGAAAAACACACUGUUGCUCCAGGACGCAGUGACGGGUGCAAAUGUGGCUGAUAUGAACAGUGUGUUCCUGGUGAAGUGCCCAUACAGUGGGUGUCCACGCGUGACGCCAAACAGCGGUGUGCAGGCAGUGAGUGUUGAUGUGUGUACUGGGUCCGCUGUCACGAAUCGUGUGUACUUCUCUGCUGAUGGUACUCUCAAUUCUACAACAGCAGGUGACUACGCUGCCUGCGCGGAUUAUGGGGCAGAGGUAGGUAUUUCUCCCGCUGCACUUCCGGUAAGAGUAUUGCAGGAUCCCUUUGUUUUCAAUGUCACUGUGAUUACAAACACGUUGGUGACGAUUGAUGUGCGUGGGGGUGAUCUCUCAUGGAGGAAAGAGUCAUAUGAAGUGUGUGCGGUGCUGCCGGAUACACCGUGUGAGUCUGUGGCUACUGCUCAAGAUUCCGUGUGUGUGAGUAGUCGCUUCCCAAAUUCCCCAUCUGUUGAUGUUGACAUCUUGAGUCUGUACAGUAAGUAUAAACUGGGUGCUGACAAUGUGACCUUUUGCUUUGUUGCAUAUAAUGUGACAUUUAACGGCCGCCUUUUUUUUCGGUCACGUGAUGUGAGGGAACCUUUUUUGCCGGAGAGUGACUCAGCAGCUUCUGUGCCGGGGGGUGAUUCAGCAGUGGCGCCAAGUUCGAAUAAAUUAUCUGUUGCUGCCAUUGUUGGUAUUGUUAUUGCAGGUGUGGUUGUUCUUGUUAUUGUGGCUGUCAUUCUGUUUUUUGUACUGCUGCGUCGGCGACAACAACAAGAACAACGAAGAGAAAAGGUGCAGAUGGAUACUGUGGAGUCUCAAUCCACAAGUAAAACAGUUGCCAAGAAGAACACUCGGAACCCUCUGAAAUCUGCUACAACGACUGGAUCUUCGACAUAUUCUGCUGUAUCUAGAAAUACAGUUAGUUCUGUACGAAGUGAUAACGCCUGGAACAGUGAUGAUUCUGUUAGCAGCGUACUGUCUUGGGGUGACGCUGGACGCAGCGAAGGACAUAUGCGGGAUUCACCCGUGCCUUUUUACGACAUAUGGUCAUGGUAUAUUUCUCCCACCGUUACAGAAGUUAAUGAUGAUUAG